ACAUACAUAUGGUAAAUAUUCCUUGUUCAGCAAAAUGGCACUCACAAAAUUGAAACUUUUUCAGUUUACGCAACGGAAAAUCGUGUUUGAUGAAUAAAAGAGAUCCACGUGCUCCGGUAGGAAUAAAAGCUGCGAAGCCAUUUGACUAACUCAAUUACCUGAUGGCGUAGAACUGAACUCUAUUUUACUAUCGCACAUGAUUCUCGCCCGGCUUUUUUUCACAAUCCAAAUCACCUCCGGGUGGGAUAAGAUGAACAUCUCCUACACAUCUCUGUUAUGUACAUGUGUGUCAAAGCGGGAGAGGAUUUAUUUUUGGAAUUUUGAGUACUGUCCAUAUUGAAUAAAGAAUGUUUAGACAUACGUUGAACGAAAUCUAAUGCAUUUAUCUAACUACUUUUGUUGCAAUUUUUAAGGGAUUUUUCUAAAACCCAACAUACACGUUCCGGUAGAAAUUGCUAGAAGAAUCUUGUCAAAAAUUCUCCAGCAUUUCUUAUAUUUGGUGUGUGAAUCUAUCAAGAAAGACUUCCAUUGAAUAUGUACCUACACAUUUAGAAACUUCUCCUAUUGUUACUCUAUUCUAGUAUUGCUUUUUUUUCGGAAUUUUCCGGGAUUUCUGAAAAUGAAGAAAUUCUGCUUAAAAAUCGUCUUGAGGCAUAUCUCCCAGAACAUCACUGCCAGCUAGGAGUUAUGUACUUAUUCGGUAGUUGCAAGCCGAGCAUUCAUCAAGAACCUGACGGUCAAACAGUGUUUAUUCUAGCAUUCAGCAGCUGAGUAAAAAUGCUGCAUAACGCCCAAUCCAGCCAAAUCCAGUUUGGACGUCCCAGUGUUAGUUGGGACAGCCCUGAAGGAAUGCACCUAUACCUUAUUCACCUAAUCUAGCCGUCAUUGUCACCGGGAGUCUGUUAUGUUUUCGGUUAUCAUCAGGGUGCACUGCACCCAUUGUAUUACACAUAAAAAUCCAGGUAACCAGGUGAGCGUUCGUUAUCUAAGAAUAGGUGCGAAUACAACAGGUUCAUCCAGAUGGCAAUAGCAAAAGGCUUUAUCUAAUCAAUCGGAAGACGAACUGAAGAUAAGUCUCCCAUAAAAGUGCAUCGAUCUGCCGAAAAAAUCUCAUUUGACAUCGAGCGUUGGCACUUGAGUUGGAUUAGAUAUGGCGGAUCAAUCGGCGUUUGCGAAACUCCCGGCAUACAUUCAGGACGGCUUGAAGAAAGUUGCCUCGGAGCAAGGAUACCAGGAUGGCGUUUGUCGGUUUGAAUUCGAGGACGGUUCCAGCAGAGGUGAUGGAUACAUGGGUGAGCUGUUCAAGGUGUUCAUUAGAGAGGAUGGCCGUGAAGAUAUGGUGAUUUUGUGCAAGACCCUUCCCAGUCACGAAAUUCGGAAGCAGUACACUAUCUCGCUGUUUCAUCGGGAAGUUGAGGCGUACAACGAAGUGCUUCCGUUGAUCAAGAGGUUCCAAUUGGAGAAAGGCAUUACCGAAGAGAGUGUUGAAGGGUUCUGGAACUUCCCAAAGAGUUACUAUGCUUACUGCGACAUGCGCAAGUUGGAAGGUCUAAUCAUUAUGGAGGACCUGAGAGAGACGGGUUUCCGUAUGUGGAACAAGCUUGAACCGGUGGAUUACGAACAUACAAAGUUGGUAAUGAAGCAAUUGGGGAAGAUGCACGCGAUAUCUUUUGCUUUGAAGGAGCAACAACCUGAAACAUUUGAAAAGUUCAAGCGCUUCGGUGACCCACUGAGUCAACUAAUAAUGUAUGAUCCGACUAAAGGUAUGACCAGAAUGAUGAACGGAACAUGUGAACGUGCUGUUGCAGCGCUCGACGAAAGUGAUGCUUUUUGUAAACGUAAAAUGGAAGCUGUUCGCGGAGUGACCACUGAUUUGUACAUAAAGGACGCUACAGCAGAGGAAGCAGAACCUUACGCAGUAUUGGGCCAUGGCGAUUGCUGGAUCAACAAUAUGAUGUAUUGCUAUGGAAGUGAUAACCUGACCCCUACGGGUAUCCGCCUCAUUGAUUGGCAGCUGUGUCGCUACGGCUCUCCAGUGCUCGAUUUGAUGUACUUUAUUUUUACAUCAACCAAUGCAGACCUUCGUGCCGAUCACUACGAAGUGUUGCUCGACGUCUACUAUAAAUCGCUCGCCGGAUAUCUGAAACGACUCGGAGGAGAUGCAGAGUGCCAAUUCCCUGAAUCGGCAUUCAAAAAACAAUUGAAACGUUUCGGAAGGUUUGGAAUGCUGAUCAGCUUUUUGGUGCUGCCGGUCAUUUGCACACCUAACGAAGAAACUCCAGACAUCGAAAAGCAGAUGGAGUUGGCGAAGAAAGCCAAGGAAAGUGGGGUGGAAAACUUGGACGACCAGAAGAUUUUCAGUAAGACUGAGAAAGCGGACGCCAUGUUUCAGGGAAGGAUGCGGGGCAUCGUUAAGGACGUCGUGCGUUUAGAUUAUUUAUGAAUGUUUCGAGAUUUUGGGACUGCUGGAAGUCGUUGAAUUAAAGUUAUUGUAACAUGGAUUGUGUUCAUGAAAGAAGAAAAUAUAUCAUGAUUAGAGUAAACA